GCCACAAUAGAGGCUGGAGUCUCACCACAGGUUUUAAUCGCUGCCUGUCUUGCGUCUGCACUGGGUGCUGAGCAGGCUAGCUACACCGAAGCAGUACGGGCUAGUGAAGCGCUUGCCGACUGUAAUGAUUCAGUACUUCGCGUCGCCAUGCAUCAGUGUUACAUGGGGGGCGUCACCGCCGUGGUGGCAGCCACCUCCCAGUCGCCAAGCGAUAGUUUUCCUCCUUCAACAGGGCCUUCAGAAUCCGGCCAAACCGCUCCUCUGGGACUCGUUGAGUCGAUGUUGCCGAAUCCUCACAUCUCAACACCGCCCCAUCGAUUUCCGCUUAUGCCUGAAAUUAUUACACCAAAUUGCUGUGAUUCAGUCGUAGCAGUAAAUACCACUUCCUCACGAUUGGCUUCUUCUGACGAUGCUGAUCCCUCGCCAGCCACCUCGGCCCAGCCUCCAAGGCAUACGAUUUCCGAGCUAGACACUCUGGUCCCAGUUUGCCUUGCCGAUGAGUUAUACCGCCUGAUCUCAGUUUCUCCAUCGCUUUCGACAGUUGCCAGUCUGCCAUCUACCGCUUUGCCUUCUUCUUCUUCUUCUUCUUCGGCAGCAGGUAGCAGUAGCAAUUUCGGAAGCAACACUUUGCUCUCUGCUGCUGUUCCGAGCGGACUGAAUAGUUACAUGUCCACGCCGAGUACGGUUGGGAAUAGUUCAUCUGACCUGGCCAUCGAAAACAAUCUGAUGCAUUCUACUGCUCCAUUUCCUCGGACAGCCCAUCUCGUUGGUUCAACUUCAGAAGGCGUCACUUCACUUUCCAAAGAAAAGCCAAGAGGCUGCCAGUCCACAGGAGAAGCGCAUAGCUUACCUCAAUCCAUGGUUCGUCGUCGCCCUAAUCUCUAUCUUAGCCUCAAUCAAUUAGCAUUGCUCAUGCCGUUGGCCCGUUUCCCGGAGGAGAAGCGAGAGUGCCUUGUCUGUUCAGCGGUGGAUCGUAGCUGUCUUCUUGAGCCAUGCGGUCACAUGGUCACUUGUCUGGCCUGCACCAGACUACUCAAGAAAUGCUUGCUUUGCCGGCAGCUGGUCACCGGACAUUCUCAGGUUGGUGAUUGUUAUAUUUUUCUGCAGAAGCUUUGGGUAAGGGUUCCCUUAUUCUGA